CGUGCCGGUGGACUAAGAAACUCCCGCCAUUUCAGCGAGGAUUUACCCUCUCGAUUGAUCCGGCUUACUUUUGCCUCAAGGAUUGCUAACACGUUUUUUUUCUCCCCCCUGACCGACUGUUAAAAAAAGAAGGAAUAAGAAAAAAAUGCGUCAGAGGCCAUCGAUUUAGUGGGAACAGGCUUCAGUUCUCAGCCGGAGUAUAGAAAGGGAGAGAGAGAGAUAGAGAGAAGUGGACCCGCCGCCGGAGCGAGCUUUCAGCGUUGCCGCGAGUUUGAUUUGGGCAGAGGUUGAGCCCCGGCAGCCUUUAGCCGGACGAGCUGAAGUUCCUCAACUUAUCCAAGAGGUUCCUGCCCGAUCGUUCGGCUCGUUUCAGAUACAACAUGUCGCCCCCGCUUGGGAAUGGGAAGAGGGAUGCGACGAGGCUGGCGGCGAGAAGUGUCGUGUUGUUGUUUUGAACCAGCGUACAAAUUAGCCGAGCUAACCGCUACACGUUGAAAGCACCGGGCCUGCCGGCGGGUAGCGUGGGACGUGCUAAGCGCUAGCCACUGACGUUCCGGCGUACUCGGGAUACAUGCUAAGGCUACAUUGUGUUAUUUUCUACAGCCAGUUUUGCCACGCCGCAUUUUAGUUGUACGGCAACCGCCAAGUGUGCCGUCUUGCGUUCGCGAUGGCGCCGCUUUUGGGCCGGAAACCUUAUCCGCUGGCUAAGCCGCUAGCCGAGCCGCCAGGCCCGGGUGAGGAUGUGUACAUCAUUGAACACAGCAAGGAGGCCUUCAGGAACAAAGAAGAAUAUGAGGCACGCCUGCAGAGGUAUAGUGAACGCAUCUGGACAUGCAAGAGCACUGGCAGCAACCAGCUCACACACAAGGAAGCAUGGGAAGAAGAGCAAGAAGUCACAGAAUUGCUGCAAGAGGAGUAUCCCCAGUGGUUUGAGAAGCCAGUCCUGGAGAUGGUCCAUCACAACACUGUGUCUCUUGACAAGCUGGUUGAAAUGGCCUGGGUAGAGAUCCUCACCAAAUAUGCUGUCGAUGAAGAGUGCGACUUCCUGGUUGGAAAAGAUAAAAGUUUUCGAGUGAAAGUGGUGAAGAUCCAUCCCCUGGAAAUCCCAGAGGGUGAGACAGGGGAGAAGAAGUUGGAGGGAGCUUGUGACUCUCCAUCCAGUGACAAAGAGAACGCUAGCCAGGAGAACCAGAGGAAGGAACCUCCUCCCAGAGAGGAGGAGAGCAGGAGAGAAAGUCUCAGUGAUCGAGCGAGGCGCUCACCAAGGAAACUUCCCACUGUAAUGAAAGAAGAAAAAAAGAAAUGGGUGAUGCCCAAAUUCCUUCCACACAAGUAUGAUGUGAAACUAGUCACUGAGGAUAAGGUGAUCAGCGAUGUCCCAGCAGACAGCCUGUUCAGAACAGAGCGUCCUCCAACUAAGGAGAUCAUGCGUUACUUCAUCAGGCAUUAUGCUCUGAGAUUGGGCAUGGGAGAGAGUGCCCCUUGGGUAGUGGAGGAUGAACUAGUUAAAAAAUUUAACCUGCCCAGCAAAUUCAGUGACUUUCUGCUCGAUCCACAAAAGUUUUUAGCAGAAAAUCCAUCAGCAAAGCGCAAAAGUUUGACUUCCUCCGAGGGCAAACCUAGCAAGAAACUUAAAACCUCUGACACCCCGAGAGAGGAGUCAGGAAAUGAGAAAGGAGAGGAGGAGGAGGAGACGAAGAAGAAGAAGAAAAAAAGCACUCUCACCAUGCCACUGAGUCCAACUCUUUGGGGGCACAUGCAGAAAAUGAAUGGCACUCCGCUCAAGGUAAAGAAUUCUGGAUCCCCUAAAAAGGGAGAGGGCAAAAAUGCAACUCCCUGUACUCCAAAAUCUAGCAAAAAAUCUGGAGACAAGAAAGAUGGCAAGAAGACCGGAAAGAGUGGUGACAAAAAAAUUAAUGGCCUUAAAGCCUCUAAAAUGGAUGGUAAAUGUGGUGCUAAGACACCGAAAAUGAAGCAAAUGACUCUCCUGCACCUGGCCAAAAGCACUCCUGUUGGAAGCCCUAAGAAGAGGGCCCGCAGUAUUAGUGUGGGGACACCUAAACUGGGAAAGCCCCUUCCCCCAAUGGCUCUUCACCUUCUUCGUUACUAUAAAGAGAACAAGGGCAAAGAUGACAAAAAGAACGCCUUGUCCUCCCUCAUCUCCAAGGCCGCCAAGGCCUUGUCCCAGGAGGAUCGGGGUCGGCUGCCUGAGGAACUGCAGGAGCUGGUGCAGAAACGCUGGGAGCUGCUUGAACAAAAGAAGCGCUGGGCAGCCAUGAGCGAAGAGGAGAGGCAGGAGGAGCUGAAGAAGAAGCGUGAGGAGCUCAAGGAGAAGCUGCGGGAAAAGGCCAAGGAGCGGCGGGAGAAGGAGAUGCUGGCUCGCCGUGAACAGUCGCGCCGCUAUGAGGACCAGGAUAUCCAAGGUGGUAAGAAUCUGCCGACAUUUAAACUGGUAGACAUGCCUGAGGGGUUGCCCAACACCCUCUUUGGCGACAUAGCUAUGAUAGUGGAUUUCCUCAACUGCUACGCAGGGCUGCUGAUGCCCGAAGACCAGUACCCCAUCACCUCUGUGGCCUUAAUGGAUGCACUAGCAGGGGACAAAUCUGGUUUUCUCUACUUGAACCGUGUUCUGGUGGUACUACUCCAGACACUGCUACAGGAUGAGCUUGCAGAGGGAUACAGUGAGCUGGACAUGCCUCUUUCAGAGAUCCCCCUCACUAUGCACUCUGUGUCAGAGUUGGUACGGUUGUGUCUGAGGCCGAGUGACUCUCAUGGUGAAGAAAGCGGCCAGGGUUCGGAGGACUGGGGAGCUCUAGGGGAUUUUGAUGAUAUGACCAGCGAGUUCCUGGAGAGACUGGAGACUGCCGAGGUGUUCGAGCUAGACUCCCAGGAGAAGGUCAGCCUGCUGGUGGCUCUGUGCCACCGCAUCCUCAUGACCUACUCUGUUGAGGACCAUGUUGAUUCCAUGCAGCAACGUUCAGCUGAGCUGUGGAAGGAGCGCCUGGCAACUCUCAAGGAGGUCAAUGACCGCAAGAAGGCAGAGAAAAAACUACGCAAAGAGCUGGGUAAAGUCAAAGAGGAGGGAGAGACACCCAAAGCAGAGAAGAUUGAGAAGAAGAAGGAGGGGAGUGCUAAGAAAGAGGUCAAGAAAGAAGUGAAGGUGGAGCCAGAGCCAGAGCCUGAAGACAUGAUCAGCUCUGUAAAGAGCAGGAGGCUGAUGGCCAUGCAGGUUAAGAAGGAGAAGGAGGAGCAGGACAGGCAGAACAAAGAGCGCAUGGAAAAGGAGGCAGAAGAGGAGCGGAACCGUAAGCAGAGGGCUGCUGCAGAGAGGACAUUCCAAGAUGGUAUAGCCAAAGCCAAACUUGUCCUGCGCAGAGCUCCACUGGGCACUGACAGAAAUCACAACAGGUACUGGCUUUUCUCGGAUGUGGUUCCUGGCCUUUACAUUGAGAAGGGAUGGGUGCAUGAAAGCAUUGACUACAGCUACACCCUCCCUCCUGAGGACAAACCAGCAGAGGUUGAGGUAGAAGACGACGAGCAGGGAGCUGAGAAAGAGGAUGAUGGCAGUACAGAUGGUGCUAUGAGUGAGGUAGCCCAGCAGGGGGCAACAGCAGAUGUCUGUGUGGAAACUACGGUUCCCAAGCAAGGACAAAACCUCUGGUUUAUAUGUGACAACCCAGGUGAUCUGGAAGAGCUGGUUGAGAACCUUCAUCCUCAAGGGGUCAGAGAAAGUGAAUUAAAGGUCAAGAUAAAAAGCAGGUAUCAGGAUAUCCUCCAUUCCAUCCAUCUGACUCGUAAAGGAAAGCCGGGCCUCAGGACCUGUGAUGGCCACCAGGAACUACUCAAGUACCUGCGCAGUGACAUCCAGGAGGUGGCCUCGCGACUCCAGAAGGGAGGCCUGGGAUAUCUUGAUGACAAUGCAGACAUUGAAAAUCAGGUGUGUAAAAUGGAGAGCCUCAAAGAGUUUGGUGAGUGCAUAAUCACCAUUCAGGCCUGUGUAAUCAAGAAGUUUCUGCAGGGGUUCAUGGCCCCCAAGCAAAAGAAGAAGAAGAAGCAGGGAGCAGAGGAGAGCAGCAAGGCUGAGGAGGUGGAUGAGGAGAAGAAACUGGCGGAAGAGGCCAGGGUGGCAACUGCAGUAGAAAAGUGGAGGGCUGCAAUCCGGGAGGCACAGACCUUUUCACGUAUGCAUGUGCUGCUGGGCAUGUUGGACGCUUGUAUAAAGUGGGACAUGUCAGCCGAGAACGCCCGCUGUAAAGUCUGCCGUAAGAAAGGUGAUGAUGAGAAGCUCAUCCUUUGUGAUGAGUGCAACAAGGCCUUUCACCUCUUCUGCCUGCGCCCAGCCCUCUAUCGCAUCCCUGCUGGGGAGUGGUUGUGCCCGGCCUGCCAGCCAGCAGUGGCCAGACGCUGCUCUCGAGCAAGGAACUACAAUGAAAACACAGAUGAAGAGGAGGAGGAGGAUGAUGAUGACGAUGAGGAGGAGGAGGAUGAUGAGUAUGAUGAAGAUGAUGAAGACGAGGAGAAUGACUACAAGGCGAUGGGCCACAGCUUGAGACCAAGAAAGAAAAAUAAGCAGUCAUCAUUACGUUCCAAAGGCUCCAAGAGCAAAUCCAAGAAGCAGUCUCCCCCUAGCAGCCGGAGUAGUAAACAGAAGACCGGCCCAAACAGCCCUGUGGACAUUGAUGAACUGGUGCGUCAGAGCUCCAGGACAGGUGUGCGUAGGCAAGUGCUGGAGCUGGAGAAGUGUGAGGAGAUCCUUCAGAAAAUGAAUAAAUUUCGCCACAGCUGGCCAUUCAGAGAGCCAGUGUCCCACGAGGAGGCAGAGGACUACCUCGACAUCAUCUCUAACCCCAUGGACUUCCAGACGAUGCAGAGUAAGUUCAACCAGGGAUCCUACCGCCAUGCCCAGGACUUCCUGGAGGACAUGAAAUUGGUCUUCUCCAACGCUGAGGAGUACAACCAGGAGGGCAGUCCCGUGCUCUCCUGCAUGACCAAGACAGAGCAGAGCUUCAUCGAGCUGCUCCACAAGCUCUUGCCUGGCCUAAGCUACCUCCGCCGGCGUUUACGCAAACGUGUCAGCCAAGCCCUCGCCACUUCUGAGGAGGAGGAGGAGGAAGACGAGGAGGAGGAAGAGCAAAAAUCGAAGAAGAUGCAGAAUGGAAAAUCAAACAGGUCCCAGAGAGAGACAGCAGGUCAGGGAAGAAAAACCAGGCACAAUAAGAGACAGAUGGAUGAGGAGGAGAGCGAGAGUGAAGAGGAGGAAGAGGAGGGCAGGAGGAGGAGCAAGCGGGCAACUGCCAUCUCCAACAAGCGGGAUUACAGGGAGCAGGAAAGCGAUAGCGAACGGGAAUCACGGAGAACUCGGCAGAGGGGACGGCGGGAAGAUGCUGGGGGUGCGAGUAGUGAUGAGGACAGGUCUAGCCAGCGACAUUCCAAGAGGCAGAAGCGCUCGUGAAGUCUAGGGUGCUUUUUGUUGUUUUGUCGUCUUUUUACUUUUGAUUUCCACUCUGCUUUUCAAAAAAAAAUAAUAUUAAAUAAAAAUAAAUAAAUAAAUAAAAAGAUUAAGAACCUCCAACCUCCUCCCACAGCCAGACAAAUGGGACUCGGUUCAAGUCUUUCUGUGAUUUGAAAUUUGAUGUUUGUAUUUUGGAAAAACAAAUAUGGGGGGAGAUAUAAAACUGAUUUAUAUUUGUAAUACAUUUACUAAUGGUGAACUUUUUUUUAACCAAGCAAAGUUUGCAUUUAAAAUGAGGACUUUCUCUGAGCUCUUAAAAGACUUAAUUUGAUUUGAAUCUCAAGCCCAUGAACCACCUUACUCCCUACAAAGUCUAAAUUUGGCUUGUUGUCCCAGAAGGUUUGAAAUGGUAAAUAAUAAUCGAAUCGUGUUUCAUACAUUUAUAUUUGCUCCACAUGACCCUGAGACGCCGGUUUGCAGUCUUUUGAGAGGUCCGUUUUAUCUUCCCUCAGGCUACACACAAACACCCAUCACUUAACUCGGGUAUCAUUGAAUGAAGUUUUAGCUGUACAUUUGUCUUGCCCAUUUGCGUUAAGAUUCAUAGUUAGUGUCAGUGAUUUAAAAGUACUAUUUUGAUGUCCACGUUGCUUAAUUAAACCCUCUCUAGACUGUCAUUUCUGUCCUGUCAGGAAAAGGGGGCAGAUCACUGACAUGAAGCAGAUCCUUUUUAUCACUUGGCAUCUUAUCGUUUAAAAUCAUUGUGCUAAUAAAAGUCGAAGGACAAA